GUAAUGUAACAACUUAGAGGACACAUAGAAAUGGUUGGUGCUCAAUAGAAGAUUUACAGAGUAUUUCCUGUUUUUUUGGGUGAAACACUCAACACGGGUUUAGGUCUUGUGUUCCAGGUAUCAGGCAGCAUUGUCAUGAGCAGUCUUCAUGAAGGUGAAGUUAACUGACUGCCAUCUCUGACGUACAAGAUCUGAGACUUACCUCAGACCUUAUAUUCAGCUAUUCAAAGACAUUUGUCAUUUCUUCCCAUAGGGAUGCCUGGACGACCCCGAGUUUAACUCGUUUUGGGCGAGCAGCGGAAGUGACAGAUUUACAAAAAGUGUGCAUUUGGUCGGAUCCCCCAAAAGUCACAUGGCAGUUUUACAGCUGUCAUUCUGAACUGUUUAAACAUAGAGAUGAAGGGCAUAGCUCAGAUUAAUUUCAAAAAUAGGAUUUACCCUUAAAUUCAAUUGACCCUUGGGAGACUAUUGUCGUUUCACGCAAAGGUAACCUGGGGACCCGAGGUAGGCGAGACUCAGCAGUGUAACGUCCCUUUGACUAAGGCCACAGCAUAGUUCAAUGGUUGAAUAAAGAUCUCUUGCUCAAGCAGUUUACAUUGUAGAAAAAUUGCCACAAUUCCGGGGUGUUGCUAAAUACUUAGCAAUUUAGGCCUCGUAUAGAGAAAUGCGACAUCUGUCUGAUCGGCUUAGUUCAUUGACUAACGUUAUAUGACCCAGCAAAUAUUUGCGAGAUGGAUGUCUUGCUUCCUCUUCCGUAAUCUCUGGUACCGGUAGGAGUUCGUGUCCGCCAAGCCGGGUAACGUCACUUCUCCGGGAAGAGAAGAGCAAAAUACGGAUGCCGAAUGGAAUAACACAACAGUUGGUCCAGAAUCAGGUUGCCCUUGGAGAUGGGAGACUGAUCUGACAUAAUGUGAUUGGCCUGCCUGAGACGGAAGCUUCCCUGACUCUUCCCCCAGCGAAUGUAGAACACCAAAUGCCUGCUGACGAGCAGUCUGCCCCCUCUGCUCAAGAUGCAGAGCAGGGUCAGACAGAUCCACAGAAGGAGAUGGACACUGUUAGCAGGGGGGAGAGGGAGGAGGAGCAGCCCGGGCCGUCCAGAGUUCCUCCCCCCAGACAGGGCUACUGCAGCUGCUGCCAGAUACUCUACAACAACGUGGAGCAGCACAUCCUAAGCCCCAGACACAGGGAGGUGGUUCAUAGCACUCGCACCUACGUCCCCUCUGGAAGCCUGAUGGAGAGAUUCUUAUCUGACGUAAUCCAGCAUCACCCGCACCAAUACAACGACCCUCGCCCCACCCACGCUGACCUGCCAUCUCUGAGCAGCCCGCUGGUUCCCAGGGAGGAGCUAUUGGAUCUCUGCGCCAGCAACGAUGACGGGGCGUCGUUCGGAACCCGAGAGCACAUGCCCAGCUCUGACGACUCUUCCUGUCAGCUCGUUUACGUACAGGAAGCGGAUGUUGCCUCGGAAACAAGGACCAGCCAACCAGAAGAAGGUAGAGGGGGAAAUGUGGGGUCAGAGAGGUUAACCCCAACUGCUCCAGACCAGGAUAUAAGACCAAGUUCUGAGGAAGGGACUCACUCACACACACCUUCCCCGGACCACUUACCAACACACCCCACGAGACACACCCCUCCUCUGCUCCACCGGAAAGCACACAGGAAGACCAACCGGCGGAGAGAGAGAGGGAGCAACUCCUCUUCCUCCAUCCAUCCUCCCUGCUCCCCCGCUUCUCCACAGUUGUGUGCUACCCCAACGGACCAGAUAACCCAGGAAACACCAGAGAACCAGCCUCCCUACAGGCUGAGGGACCGGACCCCAGACCCCAAGCCCCGGACGGUAAACACUGGCUGGGCCGCGUGGGCGGGGGUGCCCCCAUGGAGGCGGAGGGAGACCCAGAAGGAGCAGGCGUUCUCCAGUGACCACCACGACCCUGAGGGGGACACGAUAGAGGAGGUGAUCCAGAGACACUGCUACGGCCGCAGUCCCACACAACACCACCAGAGGGACCACAACAAAUGGACAGGGGGGGAGAGAGGAGAGGCAAGGGGGGAUACGGACAGCUUCCACCUUAGCCUCCCUGGCUCACUGGGAGUGGGUUCGGGAUCGGAUGAGGACUGGGAUACCCCUGUGCAGGUGGCUAUUGGGAGGGGGCAGGAGCGGAGGAAGGACAUCCCUGUGGUCGUGGGCUUAAGGCAGUGUGGAGGGGAGCAGGAGGGCAGGGCCCUGGCCUGUCUCAUGGAGGUACAGGUGAACAUGGAGGACCAGAUGUACACCAGCCAGCUGGAUUCUGCCCUCAACCCUGAGACUAGGACAGCGGGGGAGGCAGGGAUGGGGGAGACAGAGGGAGAAAUGGAACGAACAGUGGAGGAGAUUCUCCCUGCACUCCCUCACAUCCCUGUGUCCUUCCUGGGGAAAACGUGGACCCAGGUGCUACUGGAGGACGAGCAGAAGGUGGAGAACAUGGUCCGAGAGUUCCGACAAGGAAGGUUCAUCUGCUACUUCAAAAGCGAAUCCCUCGCCAGGCAUGGGAAGCGGAGCAGCAGAGAUAUGGAGCGUGACCAGAAGGAGGGGUUGGAAGACGGGGGGUGGGUUCCCCUUGGUGACCAUGACAAUGAAGAUGACGACCCAGAAUGCCACAGGAGGGGGAGGGAGGUGUUUAGGCGGAGGAAAGUUAGUAGGAGUUAUCGCCUGGCGUCCAGGUGUCAGGUGGUCAAAGUGAGUCACGGGACACAGACUACAGCAGCCAUCAUCCCCACCAUCCGACAGAGAACGCUGGACCAGACGGGCACAUCCCCGGACAUCCUAACGCUGCCCUGUCAGGACCCCGGCGUUGACCAGGAGAAGACCCCAAUGAUGAAGACAAGGCUGUGCUCUCUCCGCCUGCCUGUCUCCUACUCCCGCAUCAUGACCCCCCUGCAGCCCAAAACCACCCUGAUCUAUGUCCUCUCCUCCCCGAAACCCCUCCCAUUGAGCAACCGCGGCAGGAAAAGGUCAUGUGACGGGUGUGAAGGCGACGUGGGGGCCAAGGUCAAAUACAAAAGGGUUCCUCUGAGGUACUAUGACCCUGCCACACACCGCAUUCUGAAGACCCCCCCCAAGGGCUUGAAUCUCACCCCCUCCUCCUCUGGCCUCCCCAGACCUCCCCAGUCCCACGUGGUCAGACAACUGUUCAGGAGCCUGAGUCCAGACAUCAAUACAGAGAGACAGGGGGGAGAGGGAGGGAGAGACGGGUCGGGGGGUAGGAGGAGGGGUCGUAGUGGGGACAGUGUGGCGUCGGGGUCACUCUUAGAGGCAGGGGGGUCAUUAGGAGCUGAAGGUCAGGGUUCAUCGGAGGCAGGGUCAUCUGUGACUACGCCCUUCAGCCGCUCCUCUCUGUCCAAUAGCAGCCGAUUUCUACUGAGCACGCUCUCUCCCGACACAAACUCUAACCCAGAAGUGACCCGGCAGCGGAGGCGGAGAGGAGGAGAACGGAAGUUAAAGAUGGACCGACCUCUAACCCCUGAGAAAGACCACUCUCCUCCGUACAGGCCUUGGACAAGAGGGGGUAGGGGAGAACGGCAACCAGCAAGACGCAGCUCCAAAAGGGGGCGGCCACCUCAAAUCAGCCCUCCACCUAAACCCCCACCACCCCAGGACCUCUCUCCCACAGUCCGGUCCAGGAAAGGGUCCUCGAGACGGGUCGCAGAGAGUAAGAAACUCCCAAGGCCCAAAAGCCCAGCCAGGGGGGUCACUUCGACCCCUCUGAAACAGGCCAUCAGAACACCAAGCCGCCGGUCGUCCCCCCGACACACCCCUGCUCCACUGCCCACCCAAACACUGAGGAGGAGCGUGAGGAGAUGACGGGAUGCAUCUCAACCGUCUACAGGGGCUUCCUUUCCUUGUCUCCUUUCCUCCAGAUGCACUGACAUGAAAUAAAAUGGGUGUGUUUAGCAGGGUGAAUGUUCAUAAUGUAGCAGAUACAAAUGUUACUACUUCACAUGGUAAGAGCUUUGUCUGCUCCACUUCAUUACAAUUCUACCUGAAACGUUGACUGUUUCCACAUGGCUUUCUCCUGUCCUGCUCUCGGUGCAGAUGAAGGAGAGGAGACGAGGAGCAUCUAUUGAGAUGUACCCUGGCUCUCUGAAGAGACGGGAUGAGAGAGAAUGUAGAGAAGUGGAGGAGAGAUUGAGAUGUACCCUGGCUCUCUGAAGAGAUGGGGUGAGAGAGAAUGUAGAGAAGUGGAGGAGAGAUUGAGAUGUACCCUGGCUCUCUGAAGAGACGAGGUGAGAGAGAAUGUAGAGAAGUGGAGGAGAGAUUGAGAUGUACCCUGGCUCUCUGAAGAGACGGGAUGAGAGAGAAUGUAGAGAAGUGGAGGAGAGAUUGAGAUGUACCCUGGCUCUCUGAAGAGACGGGGUGAGAGAGAAUGUAGAGAAGUGGAGGAGAGAUUGAGAUGUACCCUGGCUCUCUGAAGAGACGAGGUGAGAGAGAAUGUAGAGAAGUGGAGGAGAGAUUGGCUCUCCCUCUGCUUCCCAUCCUUCUCUCAUACGGUCAUGUUUUGCACAGAAACCAGCAGCAGAAUAGUUAGCAGGAUGUUUGUCAAGCUGUCUGUUUUGACAUGGUGGUUGUUGUGCUCUCAGUGUUAUUUUUUACAAUCAGGAUAUUUUUUUACAUUUAUAAGGACUUUGUCAAAAGCUUGUUUAUUUAAUAAAUAAUGUACAUGAAUUAAAACAUUUUGUCAUAGGUU